AUGAAGAGUCCAAUCACUGAAGCAGGGAAACGUAUAUAUUCCUGUAAAUUUAGUCGUGGUCAUAGACGAGCUUUUUCAGUGCCAAAUGCUAAUGGUGAUCGUACGCGAAUAUCUGUUGUCGAAGAGAAUGAUUUGCCGGAGAAUCAAUUGCAAAAAAACCGUGUUGCACGAUUUCAACCAUAUGUGCAGAAGCAGAAAACAGUAACCUAUAUUUCGAGUGGAUUACCAGUUGUUGUACCGAUGAAAAUUAACGAAGAAGAGAUAGAUCUUCCAAAUGAAGAAAAUACUAAACGUGGUACUCAGGUUGCCGUUAGAAGGAUUUGGGAAGCACGAUGGAAAGCUACGAAUUUUGAACUACUACCAGAAUGGUUACAAGAUAAUGAGUUUUUGCGUACUGGACAUAGACCACCAUUACCAAGCUUUGGCUCAUGCUUUAAAAGUAUAUUUUCCCUACAUACGGAAACCGGCAACAUUUGGACUCAUAUGUACGGUUGUGUUGCAUUUAUUGGAGCUGCAACGUGGUUUUUAACGCGUCCAUCAACAGUGGUGCAGUUAGAAGACAAAAUAGUGUUUGGGAUAUAUUUUGUUGGUGCAGUGGCUUGUUUGGGAUUAUCGUUUGCCUUCCAUACAGUACAGUGCCAUUCUGUUGAAGUUGGAAAAUUGUUUAGCAAGUUGGAUUAUACUGGUAUUACCUUACUUAUUGUUGGCUCUUUCAUUCCGUGGAUUUAUUAUGGAUUUUAUUGUCGUUUGGUGCCCAUGAUUGUGUAUUUAACUAUGAUUUCCGUUCUUGGAAUUGCUGCAAUUAUCGUAUCUCUGUGGGAUAAAUUUGCUCAGCCGCACUACCGACCUUUACGAGCUGCUAUUUUCAUAGCAAUGGGUUUAAGCAGUGUUGUGCCAGCUUUAGAUAUACUAAUUACCGAUGGCAUUUCAUACCUCUUAAAUGAAGCAUCAUUAUUUUGGUUUAUAUUGAUGGGUAUUUUAUAUAUAACGGGCGCUGUUCUAUAUGCUACACGUACACCUGAAAAAUGUUUUCCUGGAAGAUUUGAUUUGUGGUUACAAUCACAUCAACUGUUCCAUAUGCUUGUAAUAGCAGCAGCUCUAGUUCAUUUUUAUGGUGUUAGCAAGACAGCUGUGAAACGUAUGGAACACGGAUCAUGUGCUGAACAACUGUUGGAACAACCUCGUUACUUGAAAUUUGAUUUUACUGAAUUUGAGGUGAUGCUAAGAGCAUUAGUAGUACGAGGUGGUCUUCGUUCGGCUGCAGUUGCAGCGUGCAAAGUACCUGUUGUAAUGGCGCGAGAGACGUCUAUUAUUUUCACCGGAUACCCACAGCAAAAUAAAUUCAGUUUGGAUCAAGUACGUUUUGCUGCUCAUGUCCAUUUAACAAUGAAAGCUGUCGAACAACGAAUUAUGCUUGUUCUAAGUUUGUACGAUAAGAUUGAUCCAAAGAAACUGACACUCGAUUCGGACUUUACAAAAGAUCUUGGAUUAGAUUCAUUGGAUUUUGUGGAAGUGAUCUUGGCGAUCGAGGAUGAAUUUCGUUUCGAAAUUCCAGAUGGUGAUUCCGAUAACAUGAAAACACCAAGAGAUAUUUAUCAGUAUAUUUGUGAUAGGAAAGAUGUUUACGAAUAA